CAUACUAUUAAUUGGCCAAACAUGCCAUUCCAGCAAUGGGCUGGAGCAGAGACGCACGCCGAUGGGUGCCAAGAUUUGCAGUGAGCUCACAGGCAGAGAUACUCGAGCAGUGGAAGCGCCACGGGUGAAUCCCUACGUGAAUCCAUACGUGAAUCCAAGCUUCAAUCAUUUCAAUCAGUUCAUGAAUCCUCACUAUGCUGGCUUAAAUCCGCUCUUACCCUUUCCACCACACGUGGGUGGCCCUGGAGCUCCGAGCCUCGUCCACCGUGCCCCGGCGCCGGGCGUGCCCGGCUUCGGCCCGGCACUGCCGGCGGGCGCCGUGGUCCGGCCGCCGCCCAGCCAUUGGGCACCUGGUCCGAGCGGGCCAACCGGGCCGCCGUUGCCACCAAAGGUGAGGCUGAGGCAAUUCGAUGGGCAUCCAGAGGUUUGGGUCUACGAGCAGCCCAACCGCUUCAGGCAGAUUGGGGCCAUUCCCAAUGGCACACUGGUGGAAUUCUUAGGUGAAGAGGGCUCCUUUCGCCGCAUCCGCUGCGGAAAGCUGGAUGGCUGGGUGGGUUCCAAGAACGUGGUACCUGAGGGUUUGGGAAGCAGCCCUGGAAGCAGUGGAGGUGGUGCAUCUCCCAGUCCAAUCAGUCGACCUCCUCUCUCCGCGGCCGGCAGCGCGGUGGACUCGCCGCCGGCACCGGACCUCUUCUGCGGGCUUUUCUCGGAGGAUCCCUCGCCCUCAGGCGGCCUUCCACGCUUCGAGUCACCCCAGGCAGGCAAGCUGCCGGCAAGGGGCGCCGGCGGCUAUGAAUGGAUCCGCAAGGCGAAUGGAGAACACGACCGGCAGCAGAGACGGGCUGGGGCAGAGCAAACGAUGGCCGUUUGUGAAGCUGGUGGCUAUAUCCUCGAUGGCCAGCGCGUGGAAUUGGCAUUGACACCUAUGUGUAAAGGAACCCAGAUCUACUCGAAGUUGACCCAGUUGCGACGAGGAAGUUGCAAGACAACGUGGCACAAAUACCCCCCUGGAGGUUUGCUGGAUGUGGCAUGCGCCAGGUUGGCAGCUGGUUGCCCUACUGUGGUCAUCAAUGCAGCCUCCGCGUAUCAUGCAGGGGGCGGUUUUCUCACCGGAGGGCGGCAUGCCCUUGAGGAAUCCAUUUGCAUGCGGUCCACCCUCUUCUAUUCUUUGCGCGUGGCAGAGACCUUGGCCAAGUCCCAUCAGAUUCCCGUCCCAAAGUAUUGUCAGCCUCCCAUGAAAGCUCCGAAGGUCCCCUGGACCUGCCACCUGCCUGAAGAUGGGUGCCUUCUCAGCCCUGACGUGCAGGUCUUCCGUGGUGGCACGGAUGCGGGAUACCCCUUCUUGCCGCAGGUCGUGCGUGUACCGAUAAUCAGCGCGGCCAUGCCGAACUGCAACCGACAGGUUCGUGACGCUCCAGUGGAUGCACCGCCAGAUGCCACUAAGUAUCAAGAGAUGAUCCUCAAAAAGUUUGACACCAUGCUCGGAGUGGCCUUUGAUGCUUUGGGGCGUCCGGGUGCGCUGGUGCUUCCGGACUUAGGAUGUGGUGCCUAUGGCAAUGAUCCCAGCGAGGUAGGACGCUUGUUGGGCCAAGCGCUCAGCAGGCAGCCCGGGCUUUUCCUGGAGGUUCAUUUGGUGGGACAAGCAGCCUUCGCUGAUGCGGCUGAAUCAGCUGCGCGCUGAUGGAAUGGAUGACUCAAAAGGUGUAGAAAUUCGGGCGGACGAGGGAUGUGCAAGGGGUGCUCUUUUUGGAGUCAACCUGCCAAAACACUCCUGUGGCAUCCUGUGGCAAGUUGCAGAGUUGGGAGAUGUUGGAGAACUUGUUGACUGAUCGUUCUGAAAUCGACUCCAGUCUGAGUCUUGCAUGCUCGUGCUGGGCAUCCUAUGCUUUGCAAUCUUCGGGAGUAGAAUCUAUACGUAUAGUAUCUAAGAUUUCAGUGCUCUCAGAAAUGCAGA